AGUCCGCCUCCGUAUAGCGAGGUCGAUCCCAUGCAUGACAGUCAGGUGCUACGCCCCAUGCGCCCUCAGGAUUUGCCCAUUGUCAAUGCUCACCUCCCGGAUGAAGGUCUGGAUGAGGGUUUCGACGAGGAACCCCAACUCCAGGUCCCGCCGCCCGCACCAGUCGUCCUAUUUCCACCCCCGGUCGCAGAGGAACCCGCUGGACCGCCCGAACCGGCCGAUUAUUUGGAGCCUAUGAUUCCUAGUCGAAACCCGCCCCUGGCUUCUAAUUUGGAGGUGCCACCGCCGGGCGCUCCGGGUAGCACCCCCAAUCAUCCCACGGAUCCCUCUGUCGAUCUCAUACUCCAGGGCAUGACCGAGGCUCAGUUGAAAUUGGGCUCGGAGGCGCCCACGUGGGUCCCGGAUGAGGAGGCCUCCCAAUGCAUGAUCUGCGCCGCCAAGUUCACCCUCGUCCGACGCCGCCAUCAUUGUCGUGCUUGUGGAAAAUUAUUGUGCAGUGCAUGUUGCGGCGAAAAGGCAGUGCUUCUUCAUCUGGAUUCCAAAUUGGGACGCGUGUGUAAACCUUGCCAUAGUAUCAUGGAUCGCUUAGACCGGCACGCCCGCUUGAAAAGCGAAGGUCAAAUUGAAAGCUCGCCAGGAUCGUCCUCGCCCACUCAACCCCGCGCUCCUCCCAAUCCGAAUAAUCCCAUGGAUUAUUGCUCGACGGUUCCACCUUUGGAGCAGGCCCGAUCCUCAUCCUCUAGAGCGGGACCGAGUGAAACACCCUCCGUGAUGGUGCCUGUGGGCGUGCUGAAACGAAACUCCACGUCAGGCAGUGCCAAUGCGGCCAAUGCGGCCAAUGGCUCGACCCACCCGACCAGUCCCGAGACGAAUCCUCGAGCUGUCAAUGGCGAGCUCAAGCACGUCAUGUUUUCGGAUGGGAUUCGUCCCGGGGGUGAUCUCACGGAGGUGGACGGGUCUGCAGGGUCGCCCUCUCUCGUCUCUAGUGGAGGCCUCAGACGACCCCCCAUGAGCGGCAAGAGCCGUUCCAAGUCGUCGGGCAAGAGCAGUGGUCGGAAGUCGCGGUCCACGGCGGAUGUCGGAAGAAGUCUUUUGCCCGAAGAUAGUGAUCAGCUGCCGUUCAUUCGUCACCCCGGUGAUCCACGCCCUGCCUUUGGGGACGUCAAUGAAUUGGCCAUGGCCUUUCUCCCGUCCACCCCUGCGGUCAAUCCCAAUCACGAAGAGGGAGCUGUGGCCUCACCCAGCACCUUGGAACAAGAUCCUCACACUGUGCAAUUCGUCUUGAACAAGAAUCUCAUCGUUCAUGUCAAGUCCGUCUUCUAUGAGCCCGUAGGUCGGACGAUCUGGAAUUUCCGAAGUCAAGGCUUGGCCUCCGUGGGUCAGGAUGAGGUGGUAUUUCUCCUGAUUCGAAAUGAAGACGAGUGCCUUCCUCCCAGGGACAUCUUCGAUCAAAUCCAAUCCAUUUACGAAGCCGCACGUGGGGGCAACCCGGUGACCAAUUUGGGAUACACUACCAUUCUGUCAGGUAAACCGUUCUUGGACUCGACGGAUUACGGGGGCUUCUUGUACAUCAAGCCCACCUUUCAAAGUCGAUCCGGUUUGGAUCUACCUCAACAUAGUCCGUACCUGUUCGGCGUUCUCAUCUCAAAAUGGGAAGUGUCGUGGGCGCGUGUCUUCCCAUUGAGGCUAAAACUGAGAUUGGGUGCCCAAGCCAAGUACUACCCCGCCCCCAUUUGGUCCGACCGGGAUCGCACCACCGCCUAUCGUGACGUGGGCAACACCAUCAUGAAGUUAUUGAGCGAUUUCAGGAACUUCACCUACACUUUACCCGUGAUCAAAGGCAUGAUGAUCCAUUCCGAGGAAAAGCUCACGACGAUCAUCAUUCCGAAAGAUCGAUAUCGUCAGAUUCAGCGAGCCCUUUUGAACAGCAACGACCCAGUUCUUGCCCUUGGAGCGAUAUUCAGUCCUAAAGCCGAUUCUCAUCUGGUGGCUGUCCAUUCGGAUGACACCGAUAAGGAUGGAGCCACUCGAAAUCUCAUGUCAACCAGCGAUUACGAGACCAGGACCAUCAAUUCGCUGAAUGGGCAAAGAAAAGUUACUGGAGCCAGCUUCAUCGUGUUUAAUGGCGCCUUGAAAAGCGCCUCUGGAUUGCGGGGAAAAUCAAGCAUCGUUGAGGAUGGGAUCAUGGUCCAAGUGUCUCAGGAACGAAUGCUCGAGUUCAGGAAGUCAUUGGAACGCAUGGAGGAUGUAGAGAUCGAAUGCGGCCCCGUCGGUGAGGGAGCCCCAGAGGAAAAAGUCCUGAUCCAGUGGGUCAAUGUGGAUGAGACCGUGAAUUCUGGGAGUGAUAAAAGCCAUCACUUCAUCCGUUGGACCGAAGUCUUUCUUUUGUCUCCUCCCGUGUCCUACGACAUGGACCCUUCAGACCCCAUGAACGUGGCCACGACCUUGGCCAAGGCCGUUUGUGUGACUUUGGCCCCCCAUUUGAAGUACAUGUUGGCCGAGAGGCAAAGCCCGCUUGCUGUCAGGGUGAACUUGGAGACAGAAAACUUUGGAUAUGAGGCCGGUAGCAAUGGACAGCCGUUUUCUCAAGAGUUCAUGAAUUUUCUCGACGAUUCACUCAUUCCAUUGCUUCAUGGCGGCGAUCUCGUGGCCGGCAGCGGACGACCCUCCCUCGAGAUGGUGUUUCAUAUACUCGAUUGUUAGAUUGUCACACACCACCACCCUCUUACAUAAAAUGGACACUUUACUAUUAGCUGUUUAGGGGUCAGAAAUCUUAAUCCAUUCAUCCCAUACUAUCAUUAUUAUUAUUACUAUCAUCAUCAUUUCCUACGUCUGGAUGCAAAUUGGUAAUGAAGGAAUCAAUUCAAAUUAUUCUCCUCUGUGAUCGAAAAUUCGUGUUCGCGAAACAAUGUCAACUUGUCAAGUCCUUUCAUCAAUUAUACAUACACCAUGUGUAGCAGCUACCACUA